AUGGCUCUUCGCCUAGUAUUGACCGCAGUAGUCGUUAUUGUCUUGUACAAUGUCCUUGCCAGAUACCGCAGGUUAGCAAGAAACAUCUCCGAGGCGAAGGCAUCUGGCCUUCCCUACGUAAUCACUCUGUGGAAUGUGUAUUCUAUGUUUUGGCUAGCAACAAACGCCAUCUGGCUCCCACUACUUCACAAGCUGCCAUCAUUCUGUAAAGGCCUAUGGUUACAAAUCCUAGAUCCAGAAUGGGCGUACCGGUUCGGCCACGAACCGUUCCAAAAGAUAGGCUCAGAUGUAUUUCUCGUCGUCUCGCCAUACAAGAUCAAUGCCUUCGUCGCUGACGCAGAGACCAACACGCAAAUCACCACCCGGAGAAAUGACUUCCCAAAGCCGCUCGACAUGUACGGGGCGCUUGACAUCUAUGGCAAGAACCUCGUGUCCACCGAGGGCUCCGACUGGCGCAUGCAUAGGAAACUCACCGCGCCGGCUUUCAGCGAGAAGAAUAAUGAACUCGUCUUCGUCGAGUCGUUGCAUCACGCGAAGUCCUUGCUGAGGUUGUGGACGGGCGCCGAUGGGAAAGGCGAUACGACGAUCACUGACCCGGCCUUGGAUACGAUGAGGUUUGCUCUCUAUGUCGUCAGUCGUGCUGGAUUCGAUGUCCGUGUCUUCUGGCCUCAUGAAGAGGAGGCUAGGGCUAACGGACAGUUUGCUGAAGAGAAAACUGAUACUAACUCACUAUCUGUCACAUCCGAAGUACCAGAGGGCCACAGCAUGAAUUACAGAGAAGCAAUCAGUGAAUUGUUGGAGAAUAUGAUGUGGACUCAAAUCAUUCCUCCUAAAUACCUACCCAUGUCUCCUUUCAAGCUCCACCGCACAGUGGGUCAAUCAGUGAAAGAAUGGGGUCAAUACAUGAGCGAGAUGUACGAGCUCAAGAAGACCCAAGUCCUCUCCGGCAACACCUCCGUCGACGGCAUGGACCUCUUCCUCUCCCUAAUCCGCCAUUCCAACAUCCUCACCGACACCAACAGCCGCUUCGCCAAAUCCGACCUGCUAGGCAACGCCUUCGUGAUUCUCCUCGCCGGCCACGAAACCACCGCCAACGCAAUCCACUUCUCCCUCCUCUUCCUCGCCAUGAACCCCUCCUGCCAACGCCGCCUCCAACAAGACAUCGACCGCAUCCUCAAAGGCAGAAACCCCCAAGACCUGUCCUACGAAGAUGACUUCUCCAAGCUCUUCGACGGCAUGCCCGCCGCCGUCAUGAACGAAACCCUCCGCAUGUUCCAACCCGUCGUCAACAUCCCCAAGUCCACCGCCGCAGGGUCCCCCCAACGCUUCACCAUGGACGGAAAACAGUACACGAUGCCGGGCGGAGUAUACAUCCACCUCAGCGGCGCCGUCCACCGUAACCCAAAGUACUGGGCUGCUCCCGCAUCAAACACAUCAUCAAACGACACAUUCCCGUCAAAGUACCCCGAUAUCGACACCUUCCGCCCCGAGCGCUGGCUCACCGGCAGCACGAAACCACAGGCCGAAUCCACGCCCGACGAUAACAUCGAUGGGGAUCUGCGCGGUCCGCCAGGCGAUGAACCGACGUCCCGGCUCUUCAAGCCGGUCAAGGGGUCGUAUAUUCCCUUCUCGGACGGCUAUCGCUCGUGCAUUGGGCGCCGCUUCGCGCAGACGGAGAUCCUGGCCGCGCUGGUCGUCAUUUUCUCGCAGAACAGCGUCGAGUUGGCGGUGGAUGAGUUUGCGAGUGACGAGGAGGUGGAGAGGAUGCCGGUUGGUGGGGAGGAGAGGAAGGCGGUUUAUGAGAAGGCGAUUGAUGGGGCGGAGUACCUGCUAAGAAAUACGAUGGGAUCUGUUAUCACGCUGCAGUUGAGGGGGAAGAAGAUUCCUAUUAGGGUUGUGAGGAGGGGUGAGGAGAGAUUCAGUUUUGCGUAAUGUUUUUCUUCUUUUGCGGAGAGAUGGUAGGGGUGAAUGGGAUAUAUGGGUUUGCAUGG